AUAUUUCAAUCACAGAAAUUUGACAUGGCUGAUAUGACAGUUGUAAAAUUAUUUGAAUUACUUCAAAUGUAUUCUAAAUUGAACAUAUCAUAAACAAUCCAAAUUUUUUGCUCAUCCGGACAGCAAUGAUUCCUGGAAGUAUAUCUCUGGCAGUUUGUACUGUAGUCUUAAGAAGGGUAGUAGACACCAUAACUGGUCAAAUACCUGUCCUCCCAGUCAGUCAAAUUCCACAUCCAUCCACUCUUCUUGUUUUUUCUGGAGCUCUAUGUUACUUGUACAAUCACCUGAGGAAAGGAACGCUGGUUAAAAUUGGCAGAGGGCAUCUUCCAAAAAGUUGGGUGAAUUCAUCUAGGAAUUCUAUACAACACCGUCCGAAAAAUAAAUCUUGGUUCCUCAGGAACGCAUGGGGUCGCCGAAAAAACUGUACGGACGCCGUCUACAGAGUUGCGAAGCAACUCUCCGAAUCCAUUACCAACAUGAACCCAUGUCUCCUCCUUCCUAAAGAUACUUUCCAAGUUAGUUUUCCUAAAGGACAGCUCAAGGGAUCAUCAUCAUCCAGAGAAAUUUCUGAGAUAGAUAUUACCAAUCAAAAUUCCUGUGAUUUGAUUUAUAGCAAUGAAGCAUUUGCAACAGAAUCAAAUGGCGAAGUUAAAAACGACGAUAAAAAAAAUGUGUCGAAUUCAAGCGGAGAUACAAAACCAUUCAAUAAAAGAGGGAAAAAAUACCUGAGGGGCCUGAAGGGUGUGAAAAGACUUGUACGUGAGCCAAAAUUAGGAGAUAUUUUCUCGAAAUCUCUUUCAACGACGUUUGGGGAGGGAAAGAAAAUAACACGGAGUGGAAAGGUCUACAGUCCUUUUCCCUGAAAUACUUGAAAAAUAUUUUAUUUUGGUUAUUCUCAAAGAACAAAAUAAUAUUCUACUUCAGUAAAAAACCAA